AUGAGAUUAUGUGACUGGAUUGUGCUCCCUAUACUUUUCGUAAAAUCGAGAUCAUCGCUGUAUUUUCAACCCGAUGACAUGUUUUAUGUAGAGUGUAUUCCUACUGCUUAUUUAAAAGAUUAUUUGUACUAUGGUAAUGUAUCAACCUAUAUCCGUGGGUCAUUACUGAUGACCACUACCCCGAUAUCAGUAACGAAAUCGACAUCAUCGUUAUUGGGUCAAUGUGAAGUUUGGAAAAAUGUUGGCAGUGCUAUGACUCAAUGGGCAGUAAAUAAUAGCAUCGAGAAUUAUUGGAUAUAUCCAGACGAAUUCAUGGAUCACAACAGUUGUCGAAAUUUUGAUUUAACACUGAUAAAUGAUAAUAACAAUCGCCAUCUGGCCAUACACAUGAAGAUAAUCAAAUCCAAUACGUCGGCCACAGGCCCAUGGUGUUAUGCUUACGAUCCCGAAAAUAGAACUGAAGAGGACAUCGACAGCAGCCCUACAACUUUUACUAGAGUCUUUAUCGGCAGUAUGUUGACCAUAGGAUCAAACAUUCUUUUUUCACCCUCUAACCUUCGACGAAGUUUCCGCUAUAAUGUAACUGUAGAUAUUGAACUCAAAGACGAGAUUGCCGAAACGAAACUUCGGCAAUGUCGCACCAAAGUUCUGGCAACUGCAGAUACGAAGCCGAACUACAAUACAAAACUGAUAGAUGCGAUUACCGUAAACGCUUUUAACACAUACGAGUGGGGACCAUCAACAUAUUAUGAUUCUAGGCCGUCAAGUCUGUUACUGUCAGCUGAAUUUGAAAAAAAUCGAUACUCGAUUUUCUUUGCUAUGAUUGCCGUUGGCACGGCUGUUAUGAUCUGCAGUAUUUCAUUUGUUGUUGCCCGAAAUUACGUUAAAAUUAAGGAAAAAGAGGAAGAGAUUCAUGGAGACAUACUUGAUAAAGUACAAUUAACAGCAAAGAAAUCAACACCAGUUGCUCUUUCGGCUUUAAAUCCAGCCGAAAAGUUGAAACAAGAAAUGGGAACGCCCGUAUGAAACAAUUUGUUGCAUUUAAUUGUGUUUAUUUGUGGCGAAAAAAUAGUUUAUUUCGAAUAUUUUUUAUUUGGUUUGCAUUGCAAGGAAACCUCUCUUCCAAAUAUCACAGGACGAAAAAC